UAUAUUUGGUUAACUGAAAGUUGUGUUGCAGUGUCAACCUAUUUUUAUUCAUUUUUAAAUGCAUAGAGGUAAUUGCGUUUCUAUUAUCUUCGGAGGGCUGGCUAUGCCAUAUAUGAAAUUAUAACAAGUUUGAUGUGUGAUUCUCUUGAACAUGUCACUCACAAUACUAUCACUGCUGCUGAUGCUGCUAAUGAACCUUCAAAAUGGUAAGAGUGAUGCUUCCAUUCGAUGUCCCUUCAAUCUCAACUGUACAAAUAAUAACAUGAAGAUUAUUGAAAUUCCUACUUAUCCAGUCCCUAUAAAAUUCAACAUCAGUGACAUUAAUUACGAAUUGCGAACAAUAAAACUAUCUGAUCCUGGAAACUGUCUUCCACAACUCUUACUUGACCGCAAUUUUUCAUCAAAUUUUCCUUUUAAGGAUUAUCAUAGCUAUGAAUUUCCUCGACAAUUCGAUGUUAGUUUCUUCAAUUGUUCUUCAGUAGUACAACUGAUCAGGAGCAGUAAUCUAAUGCAACAUCACGGAACACAAGACAUCAUAUCUUGCCCAAUUUAUGUCGUUGAUUCAGAUCAAGAAACUAUCGUUGAAUCUGACGUAUUAGUAUACUGCACCAAACUGUUUGACCGUGUUUCUCCAUUUUCUGCAUAUAGCAUUCAAGACAACCGUCUCUUAUUGACAUGGUCAGGAACAAAUUUUGACAUAGGAUGCUUGAAAUGUAAACAUAAAUCAAAGAAGACAACAUUAGUAAUUUUAUUCUCUGCAGGUGGAAUCAUCGGUUCAACUUUGCUAUUACUUGUUCUCGGCACCAUUGUUCGAAUUUAUCGCUAUUUCAAGAUGAAAGGCGAAGAUCAUGUAAGAAUCGAAAACUUUUUGAAGGAUUAUAAGGCUUUAAAGCCAACCAGAUUCUCCUAUGCUGACAUAAAGAGAAUUACAAACAAAUUUAAGGAUAAGAUCGGAGAAGGAGCUCAUGGAGCUGUUUACAAAGGUAAAUUGUCAAGCCAAAUUCUCGUUGCCGUUAAGAUGCUCAAUAACACUGAGGGAGAUGGUAAGGAGUUCAUAAAUGAAGUGGGAACUAUGGGAAAAAUCCAUCAUCUUAAUGUUGUCCGUUUGCUUGGCUUCUGCGCUGAUGGAUUUUACCGCGGUUUAGUCUACGAUCUUUUUCCAAGUGGUUCUUUGCAGAAAUUUCUUUCUCCACCAAACAACAAAGAUGCUUUUCUUGGAUGGGACACGCUGCAACAAAUUGCUCUAGGCAUAGCCAAUGGAAUUGAGUAUCUUCACCAAGGUUGUGAUCAAAGAAUUCUUCACUUUGACAUCAAUCCUCAUAAUGUCUUGUUAGAUGAGAAUUUCACUCCCAAAAUUACAGACUUCGGUUUGGCUAAGAUGUGCUCGAAAAAUCGAAGUACAGUGUCUAUGACCGCAGCCAAAGGAACGUUAGGCUACAUGGCACCCGAAGUUUUUUCUAGAAACUUCGGGAAUGUCUCAUAUAAGUCUGAUAUAUAUAGUUAUGGUAUGUUGUUGUUGGAGAUGGUUGCAGGAAGAAAGAAUACAAACACAACCACAGGUGAAGAAAAUUUACAAGUUCUAUAUCCAGAUUGGAUCCACGAUUUGCUUGAAGGGGGAGACAUACAAAUCCCUAUUGACGAAGAGGGAGAUUUCAGGAUUCCAAAAAAAAUGGCGAUUGUUGGACUUCGGUGCAUCCAGUGGCAACCUAUGCAUCGUCCAUCCAUGAAAACUGUGAUACAAAUGCUACAAGGUGAUGGAGACAAGUUAAAAGUCCCCAGCAAUCCUUUUGGGCCUACAACUUCAACUAAUUCAACUGCUAGUACUGUUACAAAGCGUAUAAAUUUCGAGCUAGAAGUUAUUCAAGAAUUAGAUUAAAUAUAUAGUGGCUGCGAUAUAUUGUGAUUUUCUCGUUAUUAUAAUUGAUAUGUAAUCAUGUUCGGAUCAAUUAGCAUUUAUAUGUUUGCUUUUUUUGUCUCCAAUAGUGUAGCAUAAUAGGAGCACCUACUUGUACUUAAAACAUACAAUAAAUACGCAAAUAGUGUUCAUGUCUUCCUC